UCACACCUUUGUUUUCAUUCUUUUUUUCCAUUCUCCAAAUCAAACGCUUGUUCCAUUUUUAGCCACACUACAUUUUCUCUCAUUUCCAACUUUAGAUAAAACCAAAAAAAUAAGAAAGAAAAAACAACAAACAACGUUGAAAAAAAACAAAAACAUAAAAAAGAAACUACCUUAUUUUUGUGUGUGAUUCAUUGUUCGUAUCUGUUACGUUAUUAGCUCUAAUUAUAGACAAAGAAAACGAGAAUGAGGUAAUGUUGAUUUGUUUAGCAUUUACUAUAAUCUUUAAACAUGUCCUCUUUUUUUCCCUGUAAUAACGAUUCUUUUGUUUUUUCGUUUUUUGUUUCUCCUCCUCUGUUUCACAUUGCUCUGUUUGUUUCCUCUGUUUUUUGAGUGUUUUUGAAGAAGAGAAAAUCAUGUAUAUGAUGAUAAUGAAUUUCGUGAGAUUUCAAUGUUUUAUAUAUCUUUAUCCCUUUAUAUGAAAAGGGUUGUUUUGAUUUCAGGUUAAAGAAAACCGAAGUUACUAAACCCUCUUGAAAGUUUGAAGAGAAAACAGAGAAACAAAGAAAAAAAAGUGAAAAUAUGGCAAGUUCUGGUGUUGAAAUUGCUUCUUCUGCACCGUUUGGUUGUGUUUUAAGGGACCGUAAUCAUCGUGAUGUAUGCAGAGAAAGUAGCAAAGUUAAGGCUACACAUGUUGCUUUUCAGAGAAACAUUAAGAAUUUUGUCAUGGAUCAUUUUAACACGAGCUUUUCCAUGGCUGAUUCUUCAACAACAAAUGAAAACAACAUCAAUAGCAGCAGAAACAACAGCAACAACAACAAUAACAACAAUGAAAGUCAAAUGAAUAACAACAAUCUUGCAAAGAUUCGUUUGACAAGAAACAAUCACAACUAUGAUGUCAAUAACAACAAUAAUAAGGGUGAUAAAGAUGAAUCACCUUUGGCUUCAUUGAUUAGCGCGAAAAAUUCGCGCCUUCUUGAUCGAUGGGCUGCGAAACAAGCUCGUGAGAUGGUUUCAACAUUGCAGAAUGAAGCUGAGUUGUUGUCUAUUGAUAACAACAUUCCUGUAUCUUCGGAGACAUCGAGUAUUAUCUCGGACGAAUGCUCUUCGGACAUAUCGAACCUUGGUGCAUCUUCCCUUGUUCAGCUAUGGGAAAAGAGGCUUAACAAUUCAAGUGGAUCAAAACCAAGCACUCCAAUGGAGAAAACAAGUCCAAAUGAUGGUACAACAAAUGCUACUUGCAACAAUGAGAAUGUGUAUGUUGUUGAAGAACAAAGAGGGUUGGAAUUAGGAGAGUGUUUUGAAGGACAAGAAUCAUUUUCAAUUUCUUCGUUCCCUGAUUGGGAAUCGGAUAAGACAGGUGAUCAAAGUAGGUCUUGUUCAAGAGAUCAAAGUAGGUGGUGUUCAGCGGAGAGUGAUAGAGUCAGUGUUGCUGAUAUCAUCAAGAAACUCACUGCUACUAGUCAAAUGCAGAGUCCACCUCCAUAUUUUGCCGAUGAAAAUGACCAUGAAGUGGGUGGUAGUAGCACUACGGCAAGCUCUCCUUGUAGAGAUUUUGUGCCAGAACUUCCAGAUCAAAGAGCUUUUCCUCAGGUAACUUGUUUACCAAGAAUUAGAGGGCGCCAAGCAUUUAAAGAUUUACUUAUGCAGUUGGAGAAUGAUAGGCAUAGGGAGCUUAAGAACCUGGCUGAGCGUGGAACGGUCUCCAAGUUCGCCCAAAGAGGACGCAUUCAGGCAGUACUUCGACUUAGAUUAUUACAACGUGGCGUAGCAGCCAAUAAUCUAUUACAGAAAUCAACAUCAUCUGAAGUAAACAGACAAGUACAACCACAUGGAUCUGCAAUUAUGCAACUAAGGGAAAAAUUUAGCACUGUCGUUGAACAAAAAAGCACAGUCAAGACAGAAGUAGCUAACACACGAAGUCCUCGUAAGGAGGCAGUGAACACCAUCACACAAUUGGAAAACUCUUCCGUUGCUGCUCAAAUCAGCAAAGACACAAGCAGCCAGGUUCCUCAUGGUACUGCCAGUCAAUCCUUUGAAUCGACACAAAAGUCGGUGUCUCAAACUAGAGAAGAAGAUGGUCCAAGUUCAAAUGUCAUGUCUCAAGAAACAUGUUUUAAAGCUCAGCAUGAUUACUUCAAGGAAACUGCUGAACCAACUACUUCAAUGACUGAUUCAAAUGCUAAUGAGAAAGCUGUAGAGGAAAAUAACCAGCAAUGUGAUGAAACCAGUUAUGAUUGUGCAUUAGAAGAGGAAGGAAGUAACCAUAAUUAUGCUGAAAGCAGUUAUGAAGAGAUAGUGGAAGAGAUUUAUGAUGAAAAUCAUCAUGACUGGAUCAGUGAAAUUUCUCGACCGAGGAGCUUUUGGGAAGAGAAAAGGCAAGCAUGGUAUAGAGAAAUCCUUGACAAUGGUUCUCGAAAUAAGGAUAUUCAAGUGCUUCUUCAAAGAAGAACAGUGUCAACUUUCCUUUCUAGCGACUUCCGCGAAAAAAUGGAUAGAAUGUUGCAAUCUCAUAAAGGAACACAAACACAUAUAGUGAAUACUUAUGAUGAUGACGAAGACAAUGAAGGGUUGAUGGCAUUUUUCCUAGAACGCCUGCAUUCUGCAAGAACUUCUCAAGAAAAUGGAAUAGAGAGAAUGGUAGACGAAGAAAAGGAUAGGGUAAAUGAGGAAGACAAAGACGAAGAAGAGGAGGAUGAUAACGAGGAGGAGGACGACGAGGAAGAUGAUGAUGAUGAUGAUGAUGAGGAGGAGGAGGAGCGUGAAGAGGAGCAGGGGGGGAAGAGUUUGGCAAGUAGUUUGUAUCAUGAAGUUGGAGACUAUUCUAAUCAAUCCUCACCAUGGAGUUAUAGAGACAAUGAAGCUGGUGAUGAUUUUGAUAGAGUUGCUUCUACAUCUUCACUACCUUAUCAAUCUCCGUCUUUCUAUCACGAUAGUCGGCGAAACUCCCCAUCUACAAAUCAACAUUCAAUUGAAAUGGAUAUCAUAUAUGAUAUGAGAGGCCAUAUGGAGCAACUUCAUCAAGAGAUGACUGAACUAAGGAAAUCAAUAAAGAGUUGCUUGGAUAUGCAGAUGCAGAUGCAGUUACAACAAUCCAAUAACCAAAGGGUGCAAACAGUUGAAAAAGAAGAAAAGAAGUCACAUAACAAGGCUGGUAAGAAAGGAAACUGCUGCAUUUGCUAUAAGAUGAAAGUUGACUCAGUCCUAUACAGGUGCGGACACAUGUGUGCAUGUCUGAAAUGUGCAAAUGAGUUACAAUGGAACAGUGGAAAAUGUCCAAUAUGUAAAGCUAAAAUAGACGAUGUUGUUCGAGUUUAUGCCGAUGCUUAGACUGUCUCGGUUGGAAGAUUAUCUUACUUUAGAGGAUCAAAUCCUUAGUCGUAAAACUUAGUGAACUGCUAAUAGAAUCUAACAUCAUACUUGAUAUUCUCCUUUUCACAUAUACUUUUCAAGUAUAUGAUUUUUUUAGGAGAAUGUCAGUUGAUAAAAUCAUUGUACAUUUAUAGUUUUAAUCUAACCUUUUCUUUCUGCUAAUGUAUAUGUGUUGUGUUCAGUACUACAACUUAAAGUCAAAUUUUCAUGUCACAAUGAUUUGAAAAA